CGAGUAAAAAAAACGAAAAUUUACAUCUCAAUUCAUCAGUUAAUCGUUCAUAAAAAAUAAAAAUUCAAAAAUCGAAUUCAUCAAAAUUUCAUUUCUACGGAGAAUCUAUUCUUCGAGAAACAGCUGCCAAGCAAUUCUAACAUCAACAGCGUCGAAACAGAUGAUAGUCUCGUUGAAUUGUGAUUGAAGCUUUGCGUUCAGUUUGAUUUCGCGUUACUGACGGUUUGCGUUGGAUUGGCUAUGGGGUCAAUUGCUGGAGUGGAGAGAAAUGGUGAAGAUAGAGUUGAGGGUGGUGGGAGUUUGCUAGAGGAAACUGCUGAACCGAUUCUCUACCAGCUUGUUCGGGUUGAUGGGGAUGGUCGGUUAGUGCCUGCAACAGAUGAUGAAUUGAUGACAGUUGAAGAGUUACUUGGAGAUGAGAAGUAUGAAUUUGGUCGUGUCAUAGAUGCUGAGCACACUAUGGAGUACAAUGGAACUGAUUUAUGCUCUUCCAAAAAAAUGCAGCUUGAUGAACCCCAAGGACAUUCGGCGUCUGAAAAACACGAAGCUGUCGUAACAGACAAUUUGUCACACCAAAUGUUGCCUGAUUGUGACAAACUAAAUACUCAAGGGAAUGCAACUGCUCAUCCAUUAACCUCAGAAUAUAUCCGUAUUGAUAACUUCGAUCGUACUGAUGGAUGUUCAAACUCCUCAGAUGCAAGUGCAAAUAAUAUGUCAGCUUCCACUUCUGGGGCUAGCUCAAUGCCCGAUUUUUCAAAGUUAAAGGGGGAAAUACAUUUGGAGAAUUUGACAGUAAAAGAACUUCAGGAAACUUUUAAAGCAACCUUUGGACGAGCAACUUCAGUUAAGGACAAAUCGUGGCUUAUGAGGAGGAUUUCCAUGGGGUUGUCAAAUUCUUGUGAUUUUUCAUGUACCCGUUUUGUGAUUGAGGACAAUGGAGUCGUGAGGAAAGUUAAAGAAGAAAGCAUUGUGGAUGUCAGUAAUUUAAUCAGAGAGGAUCUUAUAGUUGCAUUGGCUAAUACUAACUCUGGUGGCCAUGAAGAAAAAGUAGAGGUUCCAGGUAAUACUACUGAAGGGAAUAGUCCCAAAUCACCAUUCAAAGGUUGUAAUGUUAGAGAGGAACUUAGCUCUGAAGAAAGAGCAUCCAAAAGAGUUCGUAAACCUACAAAACGCUACAUUGAAGAAAUUUCAGAAGUUGAAUUAAGGGAAGCUAGUGGGAAGUCAAUGCCUUCAGACAAAAGUUGUGCUUAUGAAUCAACACAUCCACAUAAUCUUGUGAUAUCUAUUUUAAAAGCCCGGCCAGAUGGAGAACCUCUUUUGAUGGGGAAAGAUCUGGUUGGAGGUUCUGGAGUUCAAAUUCCUUGCGUUUCUCGGAUUCGGAGAGGACGUCCUAGGGAAAAUUACACGACUCUUUUGAAUGAUCAGCCCAAUGGCACAAGCAUGGGACCCGAACUGGUGAAGGAACCGCUUAAUGCUAGCAACCCGGAAAUUGAAAAAACAGAUAAGGUUACUAGUUCUACUUCUGAGAAGAGUGAGCACUUCCCUGAAAGGAAAAUAAAUGAAGAGGAGAUUGUUUCAAAGCAUGAAAACAAAGACACACAUGAAGAUGAUCAUUCAGAUGAUAAUAUGAUGGCAGAGAUGGCUGCACCAGCAGUUGGAAUGAGAAGAAAACACCACCGGCCUUGGACUCUCGAUGAGGUCAGCGAAUUGGUUGACGGUGUAUCUAAGUUUGGCGUAGGUAGAUGGUCUGAGAUUAAAAAGCUUUCUUUUUCAAAUGCGCCCUAUCGGACUCCAGUUGACCUUAAGGACAAAUGGAGAAACUUAUUGAAAGCUAGCUUUGUACAGUUGCCUGGAGAAAAUGGGACGCAGAAUAAUGCUUCUAGGAAACACGCAACUAUUAUUAUCCCUGCUCCAAUUCUUUUACGCGUGCGGGAGCUUGCUGAAAUGAAUGGCCAUAUUUCACCUCGUCCAAACCAAAUCAAGUGCGGAGGAGGUAGAAUUGCUGAUGCAGAAAAAGUUGGAUGCAUGUAACAUUCUGAACUUCUAUCUGAAAAAAAUAGGUACUACGUACUACAUAUUUUGGAUAAAUAUCACGAGUACUACUGUUUACAUCAUUGCUCCAUCAUAUAGUAUAUGUGCCUAUGUGUUUAGAGAUCUAUUGGGUGUGCAACAAAUAUUGGUGAUUGCA